CUAUUACACAGCAUGUUAUGUUGUUUUUUUGCUUAUUUCUAUUUAGAUUUGGGUCCACCUUCUCUCACUUGAUUAACAUAAGUGAGAGUGUAUAUGACAGCAUCUUCAAAAUUAGGAAGUGAAGAAACCAAAGCAAAAUCAAUAUCAAAGCAAGGGAGAGUGUGUUUUCGUUUUACUAUCUACACCCUACACACACACCUUUCUGAUUCCUGAAAAGCACUAUACCUUUUUCUGCACUUUCUCACGUGCUGCAUAUGUUACAUUUUUCUUUUCUUCUUAACCAAUAUUUCACUUCUUUUCUUCCUCUUUGUCACACAUCAAAAAUUUCACCAACUCUUAUAUAUAUUAUUAUAUAGUUUAUUAUAUAGUAUAUAUAUAGUGGUAUUUUGCUAUAAAUGAACGCAUGAAGAUUGAAGAUUCUUCUUGUAAUACAAUGGCUUUGGAAACACUUUCAUCAUGUAAUGAGUUUUCAAAUUUCAUUAUCUAUGACACAAUUUCUGCAACUCCAUUUAGUAGUAAUACUAAUACUACAGAGUACUCUGGUUUCUUGGAAAACACAAUGAACAACAACUAUGAGGAAAAUAUUCAUCAUGAGGCUACAAUAUUUGAUCAUAGUAACUUUUCUAUGAUGAAUAACAGAAAAAGGCAAUUAAUGGAACAAGAAGAAACAAUGAAGGAGAUGAAUAAUAAUAAUAGUAAUAAUCAAGUGGUGCAGAGGAAGAAGAGGAGAAGAAAACCAAGAGUUUGUAAGAACAAAGAAGAAGCUGAAACACAAAGAAUCACACACAUUACUGUUGAGAGAAAUCGUAGAAAGCAAAUGAAUGAACAUCUUGCUGUACUUCGUUCUCUCAUGCCUGAAUCUUAUGUUCAAAGGGGUGACCAAGCUUCAAUAGUAGGAGGUGCCAUAGAGUUUGUAAAAGAGCUAGAACAUCUCUUACAAUCACUUGAAGCUAGAAAGCUACAACAAUUACAACAAGAAUUAGCACAACAACAAAGCAAUAAUAUUGAAGAUACAUCCAAUAGUGUUGUUUCAAAACAAAUAAUGAAACCACCUUUUGCACAAUUUUUUGUGUAUCCUCAAUAUACAUGGUCCCAAACACCUAACAAAUACACAUCCAAGACCAAAGCUGCCAUAGCUGAUAUCGAGGUUACAUUAAUCGAGACUCAUGCAAACCUUAGAAUUCUCACUAGGACAAGACCUGGACAAUUAACUAAAUUAGUUGCUGGUUUUCAAUCACUCUUCUUCACAAUUCUACAUCUCAAUGUCACUACUCUACAACCUUUGGUAUUCUACUCUAUCAGUGCCAAGGUUGAAGAAGGAUUCCAACUUGGUUCAGUAGAUGGCAUUGCAACAGCAGUUCAUCAUUUACUUGGAAGAAUUGAGGAAGAAACUUCCCUAAUUUGCUGUUAAUCUGAGGGUGCAUGAUUUCUGUGAAGUGACCAAAUUAACCCUCAACUAGCAUUUAGAGAGAGGGGAACAAAAAUAAUAUUUGAGGAUGGCUUGAGUUUUUUUUUCCUUAAUAUUUUUUUUUUGUUAGUUUGGUGAGUUGAUGUAUUUAAUGUUAACUAUAGUAGCUGUUAAUUAUGCUUAAUUUGGUUGCUACAAAAAUUCGAUAAAAUUAUAGGGUUGAAACCUAAUGGGAAAAAAAAAGCUGACAUAGUUGAUAUUGCUUGCAGUUUAACUUGUAUUGUUCAUUUCAAUGGCCCAAUAUG